GGGGCAGGACUUUGCCAUCCUUCUUGAUAACAUUUACCACAUGUUGCAACCUGUUUUUCUAUUCAUGCCACAUAUUAUCUGUUGUGUAUUUUAUGUUAUUUCCAUGUCAGAAUUGAUAAUACAAGUUUAAGGUUUGAUUGACUUUAUAGACUAUCUAGAACCAUCUAUGUUUGAAAAAUUUCAUCUCCAAGGACAAUAUGAAUCUUUGGUACAAGGGAGACAAUUCCAAUAUAGCGCAUUGUCAUUGAUGUAAUUUGAAUAAAGCCCAUUUGUAUUGUUUUUUCUCUAUUAUUUGCAAUAUUAAAAUUGUAAUUCUUCAGUUCAAAGAAAGGUACAUGUAUUCUCAGAGAAACUCUUCUAUUGAGGCACUGGCUCCUUAGUAUAAUAAAACAUGCUAGCCAAUGUAGUCUCGGGGCAGUUGUCAGGAUGUCCGUUAUAUGGAUGUACCCCCAGUGGAUCUUUCUCUCUCAAUAAAGUGGUGAUAUCCCCGGAUAUCAAGGUAGCUUGGACAGCUCAAAUUGACAAUUCAUCUCAUACCUCUAAUAUAGACAAUGGUUGUGUCAGUAACGGAAAUAAUCUAGUUUGCCCUACAUCAAAUGGCUAUGUAAGUUUAGAUCCAACAAAUGGGAAGGAAUUAUGGAGAACGAAGAACUUGCUCCGCCCCACUCUACCGAUAUUAGAUAUUUACGGUGAUGUGAUUGGUUGUGAUGGGCCGAGCUUAGUGAAGAUUGACAGCGAUGGAAGACUUGAACCAAUCAUACACUUGGAUCUGCCUUUAGACUCAAUUUACAGUUUAAACUUAAUGACCGAGUCGAAUGCUUUAGUUAUAGUAUCAAGAAGUGGAAUGGUUGUAGCAUAUCUAACCAAUGGAGUUCCCUUAGCAUCAUUGCAGUUGAACGGUACAUCAGAUGGUCAGAAAGGUACGUUUCACCCGAUUGCAUCUCCUGUGAUAUCGGGACAAAGAGUGUACGUUUUAACAGAAUUUAGUCCAGCAUCAACAAAUGGACGGAAAAAAAAUCUCAAGGACAUUCGUCUGUAUGCCUUGGAUAUAACUGAUUCAAUAACUGACCGCAUCCACGCGGCAUGGUUUAUGGACAUCCAGAAAGAACUGAUUCAUUUUCAAGAACCCAAAAAAACCGAAACGAAUAUAAAUUUAAAAUUGUUCAUGAAAUAUAAUAACCUUGAAAAGCACGUGUUGCGUGAUGGACAAUUGAACGCGACUUUUCGAAUAACAAACAUCAAACAUGAAGCUAGUUUUUUAUCAGAAAAAUGUCGGACGAUGUUUUCAUCGGUGUUAAUCGAGUCGGACAUAGUUUAUGUAAGUCUGUCAUCAACUAGAAACUCGUAUAAAGCUAGUGAUAAAAGUUGUGUACCAAUAUUAAUUGCUAUCAACGAUACCGUCACACAGGGUCAAAUACUUUUUAAAAACCUGACCUCUAUAUCUCAUCUGGCAUCAGUACCUUUUACAUCGCGCAGUCCGGGGUCACCGGGGUCAAAUCUGUACGACAAUCAGCUGAUUUCACACAAUAUUAUCUGGGGCAACAAUGAAACUCAUUUCCUAGCUUUCGAUUCAAAAACAGGUCGAUUGGUCCUCGAAAUUGACGUUUCUCAACUUUUCAAAACUCGAGCUAAUGUCACGUCUAAUCUAAUCGUUUCAAUUUCGAACGAUUCUUACACCUUAACGUUCGGUGUAGCAACAAAUUUUGAAAUGCCUAAAUAUUUUCUGACUGCAAUCGCCUAUGAUCUGAAAAUCAAAACGCACAAAGUAUUGUAUAAGGUUGAGUGUACAGCCGAGGUCACAGGUCAAAUUAUUUCUACUAUAGACGGUAACGGUGUUCAGAUGAUGACGUCAUCACCUUCAGGUUAUGUAACCGCCUUCAAGAAACAGUUGUAG